AUGCAUCCUGCUCUUUUUGGAUAUCUGACUGGCACCAUCGCCGUCUCGACGGUAGCUGCAAGCAUUAUCACCCCGCAAAAGGCCAUCAAUCCUGUCAAGUUGGACAUUCCUGUCACUAUCCUCGCCGACACAAACAGAGAUGGUCAUGUUGACGAACUCGACAUAUACGGAAAGCACGCGUGGACUACUCAUCGCGGCGCCAUAUUUCUGCCAAAUAUUGGCGACGAGCUUCAUCGCUGUCACGUGUACGAUGCCGUCGGAACGCCACUUAGCAAUCGGGAACUCGCAGCCUGUAACGACGCCGCGGGGGAUAUGCUGAUCAACAGUACCCUGGCAGCACCGGUCAAGACCCUCCCGCUGGCCGGUUUGUCAGAGAAUGCGACUGCCAGAAUUUUUGUGCAGCCACUAUCGGCCUCUGAGCAUGUUCGCCUGUUCUGGAAGCAUCAAAAUGGCGACAGCCCAUCUCACUGGGCAGCUGUGAAGCCUGAACUGCUGUUCAACAGCACAGCUUUGUCUGCGGGGCUGACUCUCGCCGUUGACGCAAGGCACCUGGUCAGCGACAAAGUUAUAUGGGACGGACAAGUCGAUAUUGAGUUCGAAGUCACGGAUGGGAUGCGGAGCGGCAGUGACUUUGUCGCUAUGAGGCAAGCGCCUGUCCUCUUGCAUCACCAUCGCCAGAGCAUGGACGCAGUUGUUACACUGCAGACCGAGGAGUCAAAAUGGCAAGGCGCAUUCGUGAACUCUCUCAGAGACGUCAUUCACGAGCUCGCACCCGCGGUUCCCCUGGUAUUACUAAAUAACAGCCGUGACAUCUGGGCGCAAGACUUCAUGGAGCCAGCCUUUGCCAGCAUGCCUGGCCGGCAUGGCCCUAUAUCUAUCAGAGUGUUACUGCGGUCGGCGCAGUCAAGUCGACCUGAUGGCCGUCUGGUCUUUGAGAAACUACGGGGAGCUGGUGUGGGCGGCUGGCAGCCGGGAUCGGGAUCCGGCUUUGGGUGGGAAGAGAUCAACUCCGGCGGCAACAUUGAAACAAUCCCGCCAUACACUUCUCGCUCUGGUGUUUCCUAUAGAAACGGACGGAUUGUUCUGGGCAAACACUUUGAUAAGCAUCCGGCCACGUCACUGACUAAGUUUCUUAAGGCGCAGCGUGAGCAGACGCCGCUCUACCUGGAGGCAGGGUGGCUGGUAGCCGGCCAUAUUGACGAGCUAGUCCAGUUUCUGCCGCACAAUAAUACAAUCGGAUUUCGUGUGGCCGUGCCUGAUACACGCUCUGCGAUGCGUAUCCUCAAGCGCAUCAGCGAGACUGGCCAUGGCGCCGUGCCGUUCCUUACCUAUAAGGGAGACAUAACGAACGACCCGUGGGCAAUAUUCGCCGACCAUAACUUACCUAAUAAGACGGUCGAGACGCUACUUUUAGAAGAGGACUUUGCUAAGACGAAUGAGUAUGCUCAGAAAUUCAUUGACCGCAAUGUCGAGCUACUCCUUGAGGAGCUGCCCAUCAGCGACGCAGAUGUCCUGCGCGUGCCUGCUCUUUGGCGAGAUAUGACAUACGACUGGGUUGCCAGCCCGGACGGAUUUCCAGCACGUUUUCAUCACACCAUGCCCGGUGAGAGGCAGCUUCAAAGCUUCUUCCCUCUGGCGGUCAACGGUCUUGUACUAGACCAUCAUUAUAUUGCCCCGAAGCCGUUUGGUCCCCGAGCGGAUGGUGUUGACGUAUUUGAGCGUGAGAUACGUAAGGUGUAUAUGGACGCCGGCUUUAAUGUGGUUUUUAUAGAUGAUUACAUGUCUCAUCACGUUCGUGGAGGAGAAGUUCACUGUGGAACAAAUUCUUUACGGCGCACUGACAUCGAGUGGUGGAAGACUAGUUAA